UUUUUUUCUGUAUUACAACAGCAUAAGAAGAGUGAUAAAUGAAUUGAAUGGAUGUCAAAAUUAAGGAAACGCUUGAUAAAAGAGGGAUACAAAGUACAUUGAAAACAGGUGCUUCCACACAGGUGUGGUUCCUGAGUUAAUUAAGCAACUUACACCCCAGCGUGCUCAGGGUCCCGUAUAAAAACGCUGGGGAGGCCCAGCUGCCCGUUUUAUUGGCCACGAGGGCGUGUGGAAGAGAUGAGGGGUGGUUGUUGGGGCUCGUCUGGCAGGAGCUUCACUGACAUUGCUGAUGUUUCACGAGGAGCAGUGGCCGAGGAGACGUCUGACAGGAAGACGACUUGAGCUGGGGGCAGCUGGGGAUUUUCCUGUCAGUUGGUAGCAGUGGGUCCACAGCUGCUCCUUUCAGCCUAAUGCUAGAAAAGAGGCUUCUGACAAGAAGCUUCUGUUUUUUUGGGGGGGAGUUGAGACAUUAUAUCGCUGAGAUUCUUUAAAGAGAAAUGCGAAACACACCAGCGGUAAUUAGACAAGAGCUGGCAUGGCAAUCCUUUGAAUUUUCCUUAUGUUUGGUGAUAUCUGACUAUUUGACACAUAGUUCUUUCAAUUUAUUAAAUACUUUCAUUUUUAGUUAAUUCAGCUGCCACGGUGUCGCUGGUCUCUCAGGUCUCUCCUUGUUAAGACACUAGCAGUGGUUCCCGGGUAUUUGAGUGCGGAUGUAUUAAUAGAAUCUGACAAGCCUGUGUGUUUGGCGUUUGAUCUUCAGAGAAACAUGACCCAAGCAGGAGAGUGCAGCCUCGCGGAAGCUUUUCAUUCCUGGGAAGUUAUGUAUCCUUUUAUAUAGAGACGCUCGUAUUCGUGCAUCUUCAUGAACCCAACCUGUAAACAUGUGCCAAAUUGAGUUCAUCUGUGCAAGAGGUGUCACGGUAUGAAGAGAAAAUAAAUUAUCCAUGUCUGUUUGGCGUUUCCCAGCGGUGAUUGUGUUGAAGGCCGGGAUUAAAGGCAAAAUGGCCUCUUAGCACGCACAGUCUUGCAGGGAAGCGGAUUUCGGCUGUUUUGUGCCUCUGGUAUUGUUUGAAAGGCCUACAAUCCACACUGCCGUCCGCUGGGAGCGCAGGGCGCGCAGCUGCCGCCCGCAAUGCACAGAGCAGCGCUCAGCCGGCCGGCAGCCAGUGCGCAUGCCCGUGUUGCGUUGCGCUCCGCAGAGCCGCCGAGCGCCGGAGCAGCAGUCCGGCCGACACGAGCCGGGGGUGGACAGUCCGGCCAGGGCAGCGGUCAGCGCACGGAGGCGCAGCGGGAACAGGAGUCCAGAGAGACCAGCAGACAGACCGGCGCGCACUCGCUGGGGCGUGAGGGAAGCGCUGUAAACAGACAGCAUCUCUGCCGGCUUCCCGGAGUCCGGAGUCCACCUCAGCCCGUCCAGGAGCGAAACCGGUAGCGAAGACGCUGUCGCAGACGGAGCCGGGGACGGACGGACGGACGGAGGGAGAGAGAUGUGUGCUGCUAUUUACGUGCUGUCCACUCUCGGCGGCUACCUGCUCACCUCCGCUUUGCUGCUGAAAUGCCCGUCGCUGCUGCACCGCAGGAAAAGGGAGACUUUCCGGAGCAGACACAUCUCACACCGGGGCGGCGCAGGGGAAAACCUGGAGAACACCAUGGCAGCCUUCAGACACGCGGUGAAGCUGGGUACAGACAUGCUGGAGCUGGACUGUCACCUGACCAAGGACGAGCAGGUGGUGGUGUCGCAUGACUCCAACUUGAAGAGGUCGACGGGGGUCAGCGCUCUCAUCCGCGACCUGUCGUAUGCAGAGCUGCCCCCUUACCUGUGCAAGCUGCAGGUGACCUUCCAGAGAGAGGGCUGCUGCGAGGGCGGCAAGGACAAGCGCAUCCCCCUGCUCAGAGACGUCUUCGAGGCUUUUCCCAGCACUCCCGUCAACAUCGACAUCAAGGCCAACAACGACACACUCAUCAGGAAGGUGUCGGAGCUGGUGACGGAGUUCAACCGGGAGCACCUGACAGUGUGGGGCAACGCCAGCAACGAGGUCGUGCAGAAGUGCUACAGGGAGAACCCUCGCAUCCCGAUCCUGUUCAGCCUGCAGAGGGUGCUGUUGCUGGUGGGGCUGUUCUACACUGGGCUGCUGCCCUUCGUACCCCUGCGGGAGCAGUUCCUGGAGAUCCCCAUGCCCUCCAUCAUCACCAAGCUGAAGGACCCCCAGACUAUGACCAGGAGCCAACGCUUCAUCGCCUGGCUCGCUGACGCGCUGCUCAUGAGAAAGGCCCUGUUCCAGCAUCUAACUGCCAGAGGAAUACAGGUGUACGUCUGGGUUCUGAACGACGAGGAGGACUUCAAGCGGGCCUUUGACCUGGGCGCCACGGGCGUGAUGACAGACUACCCCACCAAGCUGAAGGAGUUCAUGGAGAGGAACAGCCCCAGCUAGAGCCUCGCUCCUGCUCCCUCCUGGCCCUCGGAUGAGGCAGUUUGUCGAGCCGUGGGGAGCCAGCGUCCACGUCUGUCCGCUCAUUCCUGCGGGGAGCACGGCGGGGGGGAGGUCAGCGCCUGUCCUUGCAGGCUUCGCUGGCACUUGGAGCUGUUGUUUCAGUCUGCAUUGUGAUUUGAUUGAUAUCAUUAUUAGUCUUGAUUCCAGGUCACAUGACAACUGCAUUCAUCGGCACCUGGGUAGGCAAGGAUUUUUCUGGUAAAUGAAACGAUUAGACUGAAAUGGAAACUCUGGGGACCUGCUCUGCCCCUGCUGGUCAGAGUCUGUGCGUCCACCCUGAAGCCCACCCAGCUGUCCCGGCCGUUCCUCAGACCUGACCUUGGUGCCCCAUUCUGUGAAAUUGCAAAAUGAUUCAGACUGUAUUCAUAAUGUGCUGUUAAACGUAAUGUUUUAUUCAAAAUCUGGCAACACAAACUGCAGACUUCAAAGUUAGAGUAGAUGUCUGUAAAAACUAAAGAGUCCAAAUUGAAAGAUGUUGAUUGCAUAAGUACUCAGCCCUGUGAACUCGAUAUUUGGCAGUAAUUUAAGCAGCAGUCUUUGUUGGUCAAUCUCAGACAGCUUUGCACCCUGGCUUGGUGCAGUCCCAGCCCAUUCUCCUGGGCAGACUUGCACAAACUUUCUCACGUUGCUUGGGGGUCACUUCUGGACAGGAGUUUUCAGAUCUUUCCACAGAUGCUCUGUAGAUCAGGACUGGGCCACUCGAGCACUUCUUUACUUUCUUAGUCUUAAGCCAGCCUAGUGUAGCUCUGGUCUUGUGCUUUGGGUCAUUGUCCAGCUGUAAGAUGAAUUUGUGUCCUGAUUUUAGGUCUGAAGCAGCUUUUAACAUAAAAUAAUGUUGCCUCCACCAUGCUUGUCAAUAGGGCUGUGUUGACUGACUAAGUGAUGCACUCUGUCGAGUUUAAAUCAGAUUUUGUACUUUGCAUUUAGACCAAUUUUGUCUGAGCACCUUUCACUUGUUAAAGGUCAGCCUCACCAUGCUCAAAGACUUACUAGGAGUCUUCAUGGUUGGAUCUCUUCAGUGGCUGGGCCCCCGACAGAGGCGCCUAGCAGACAGGUGUGUUCGUAUUAUUGCUCACAGACAGAGCUCACUCAGCUAAUUCUAUUGGUCAUUAAGGUAACUCUGUGUGCCUAAAUUAAUUUAGGUUUGCACAGCAAAGUAUUUGAAUACUUUUGCAAGGCACUGUAUAUAGGUGUAAAUGUUUGGGUGUACAGCUCUAGGCUGCUGUUUACAAGCUCAUGUAGUAGCUGUGUCUUUCUGAGCCCAUUGCAGUCAUGCUGGAACCACACUGAUGUUGAACUGAAGACCCCCUGCAGACAGGACCCUCACUAGGUGAGAUGGACUGAACAGGACUUUAAUAGUUUUUAGAAGAACCAGGCGAUUGUUUUCUGUCUGAUACAGUCAGUCGUUUCCAGUACCGUGGUUGGCACAGAGGCGAUCCUGUGUGGUAAAAGUAUCCUAAUUUACAGAACGACCAAAAAAAGGUUAUUUUAAUUGUUUUAGAAGAGCACAACUUAUUGCUGGAGCCCUGUGUCUCUUUACAGUGGAUCUGUAUAAUGGAGAGUUUGACUGAAGAGAAUAUUCCUUGUUGGGAAUAUUUUAAGAAGCAAUAAUUUGCACAAAUCAAAAUGUUUAUCAAGAUGAUUGGUUUCCGAUCCUGUUUGUGAAUUUUUCAGUGUUCUGAAAUAUUCACAAACAAGUACAUAAAAGCAAGUACGUCUUUGUCUUGGAAAGAGUUUAACACUUUUAGAGGGCGGUCACUUCAUUGUUCUGACAAUAUAAAUGAAGCUUUAAAAUCACUUGUAAUCUAUUAGAUUAGAGGAGGGGUUUAAUUACAUUAAAUUAAAAUCUUUCUUCUAAAAUGUAACUGCAGAGAAAGAUGAAUUUCUAGUGUCCAGAAUGAAUCGGGUAAUUCCGCCUACAUGUGACUGAAGCAGAGUAAAUCGAUCUCAUUUCAAGGAGAUUUUUGUGGUUCUUGUAUUUGUACAAGUAUUCUUCUAUUUUUAAAACUUUUCUCAGAGUGUAUUUUGUUACGGGUUCAAAGGUGCUGCGGUGUGAUUUUGGACACUUCGAGCAGGACUCUCUCAAGCUCGUGCAGGUGCUGUUGGGUUGGCUGCUGGGGUCCUGGGGGUUGUGUUUCACAACAAGCCUCAGGAGAGGUCUCCCCAUGAGCGAGAAGCUAUGCUGUGUCAUUUCAUUUCAACUGUUCUGCUGGGAACACGAGCGCAGGCACCUACACUAACGUCGAUCCCAGGGAUCCCGAUAGAGCAUGAUGAGCCAUUCCAGGUUUUCCAAACUGCAGGCCCUUGUAAGUCCAUCUGUGUCCUGGAUGGACCACUGUUUAACGGUUUUGAUGAGCCUAAAAAAAACAGGUGAUUCAACUUCUUAGUAUUUGGCCAAGUCAAGUCCAAUCAAUUGGACAAGAUAGGAUUUUUCCGAGAUGAUUUAAUACGUUUGCUUGAUUGAUGGGUUGAGCUGCUGUAAAACACUCAGGCCUGGAUUAAGGUGCUGUUUUUCUUAUCCCAGGAGAAAUCAAACCUUGAGCACGAGCCCCAGGGCUGGAUCUCUCCUGCAGGAGGGAAACGAGUGCUCUUUACUGACUGGAGAACGCAACACCGAAACAGCUUGGCUGGUGCGAUAUGGACUAACAUAUCGACGCCUCUUUGUUUGAAAUGAUUUUAGUAAUUUUAGUAAUAGAUUUAUGAUUAAUUCUGUAGCUGAGCCUUUUAUCCAGCACAACGUACAGGAGUUAGUGUUACCUGUAUGUAUUUUUUGUUUCGGUUUAGGCCAAGUGAAGGUGUCCUAGCUGGGUUAGUCGUUAAUGUGCUUCAGCUGUGUGUUGGCAGUGCAGGUUGUUGAGGGUGCGAGCAAGUGGGCCGCGCUCUGGCGUGGCUGUCGAGAAGAUAUCUGCCCUUCCUCCAGGUGCUCGGGGGCAAGCGUGCUGAGCUAUUGUUACUGUGGCAGGAGGUGCCCUGAAUGUGUCCCAGGCUCCUGUGUGCAGGGGGCUCGUCUGCUCGGGUGUAGCGGGGCUGUGCAGGAUCGCAGAGAAACCUGCCAGCAGUGACCACAGGCCCCUACAGUGAUGAUGCACUCCUGCCCUUCUCAUCCCUCCCUCACGCCUCGUGUAGGAACGAGCCUUUUCCACACUGUACCACUGAGGCUCCAUUCGUACAACACUGUAAAUAAAUAUUGUGAAAGAGU